AAAAAAACGACCUUAUUAAUUUGCUUCCAUUAACGGUGGGUGUAGACUGAUGAUAAGCCGAAUUAGCCAUCAACCAAUCUACCUUUCACCUCUAUCUACGAAAUGCGAUAAAAUCCAUUCUCAUCUCCACCGCUAUAUCAUCGUCACUAGAUUUCUUUUUAAAACAUUCGUCAAGAACUCCAAAUUAAAUAUUAAUGGAGUCUGUGGUAUCUGGUCUAGAAGGAUCACUCUUGAAGAACAACGAUCCUUUCUCCUACUUCAUGCUACUAGCUUUCGAAGCCUCCGGUUUAACCCGCUUCACAUUUCUACUACUAAUUUGGCCGGUAAUCCGACUACUAGAUAUUUGUGGGAAGGGCGACACUGGUGUAAAGCUGGCCAUUUUUGUUGCCACCGCCGGCGUUUCCAUGUCGGAGAUUGAAUCUGUGGCGAGAGCAGUUCUGCCCAAGUUUUAUUUUGAUGACCUUGACAAAGAUGCUUGGAGGGUGUUUAGCUCCUGUGAAAGAAGGGUGGUCGUGACCAAGAUGCCGAGGAUUAUGGUGGAGCGGUUUGUCAGGGAGCAUCUCGGAGCAGAUGAUGUUGUUGGGAGUGAACUUGGGGUUAGCCGGUUUGGGUUAGCCACGGGGUUAGUCCAGGUGGGUGAUUUUGGUGGCUCAAUUUGUGAUCGUAUUGCAGCCAUGUUUGGAGAUAAACAACCUAGCUUAGGGAUAGGAAGAUGCCAUUCUGAUUCUUCAUUUUUAUCUCUAUGCAAGGAACAAGUGAAUGCACCUUACCUGAUGACCAAAAACCAGAAGCAUAUCGCCGAUCAAGAAAUCCAGCCGGUGCCGGUGAUCUUCCAUGAUGGGCGCCUCGUAAAGAGGCCGACUCCCUCCACAGCUCUUUUGAUCCUCCUUUGGAUCCCGUUCGGAAUCAUACUCUCAAUCACUCGUAUAAUUGUCGCCCACAUUUUGCCAAUGUGUAUGGUUCCUUACGUGAUGGCAUUCUUCGGCGGGAGAGUCAUUGUGAGAGGAAUUCCACCACCGCCACCUUCCCGCCGGUCAAACUCCGGCGUGCUAUUCGUCUGUACCCACCGAAGCCUAAUGGACCCUCUUGCGUUAUCGGCAGUUCUCCAACGCAAGAUCCCGGCGGUCACCUACUCACUAUCAAGAUUAUCCGAGCUCCUGUCUCCGAUCCAAACCGUCCGUUUGACCCGAAACCGACACGUGGAUGCGGAACGGAUAAAAAAAGGAUUAUCCGAAGGUGAUUUGGUGAUUUGCCCGGAAGGUACAACUUGCAGAGAACCCUUUCUGCUACGAUUUAGUGCGCUUUUUGCAGAACUAACCGAUCGAAUUGUGCCCGUUGCAAUGAAUUAUCGACUCGAGUUUUUCCAUGCAACCACUGCUAGGGGUUGGAAAGGUUUAGACCCUAUUUUUUUCUUGAUGAACCCAACACCCAUGUACGAGGUGAUAUUCUUGAACCAGUUGCCGGCAGAGGCAACAUGUUCGUCGGGAAAGAGCCCUCAAGACGUCGCGAAUUAUGUUCAGAGAAUCUUGGCGGCAAGUUUAGGGUUUGAGUGCACAAAUUUUACGAGGAAGGACAAGUAUAGAGUUCUUGCAGGGAAUGACGGAACAAUGGAUCAGCCAAAGAAAAACGGUCGGACCGUGAACAAAGUGGUGAUGUAA